GAGAGAGAAAAAAAAAUUAUUAGUAGAGAGAGAAGCUCCAGCUGAGAGAGAGAGAGAGAGAGAGAGAUGAAAAAAAGGUGGGAGCAAAGUGGGGAAGCAGGGCCAGCAGAAAAGCAAGAAAAUUUGGGGGAAAAGUUGAAGAAAGUAGUGAAAACAAGAGGUGGGCACUCCACUCCAGUAAUACCUUUUCCCAUUCUCCACCUCCAACAACAGGAGAACCUCCCAGAUAGCGCUUUUGCUCACGCCCCAUUUGAUCUCCCUUCUCUUUCUUCAAGAAAGCUCGCCGCCACUCUCUGGGAGCUCCAUCACUACAACCUCCCCGUUUCCACAAUGCCCCAGGGUCUCAAUAACGCCCCGCCUCCGCGGUUGCGCCGCCUGCAACCACCGCGCCAUGACCACCGCCCCCAUCGCCACCUUUACGAGGAUACCAGGAUGGUUGAACCCUCUGAUCCUUCGCCCAGUUCUCCUGACUUGUCAGGAAGUCCGGGCAGUUUAAGGCGGCGUGUUGCUGCAUCACUAAUGCAACAUCAUCGACCAGUUGAGAGGAACAAUCAUGCCAUUCAGCCUGUAUCUCCGGCCAGUUAUGGCAGCUCGAUGGAGAUAACCCCUUACAACCCUGCAAUGACUCCUUCAAGCUCUAUAGAUUACAAGGGGAAAAUUACGGAGACAGGUUAUAGCCUCAAAACGUCCACAGAACUGCUUAAGGUGCUGAAUCGAAUCUGGAUCCUGGAAGAGCAGCACGCAUCCAAUAUGUCCCUUGUGAAAGCGUUAAAGAAAGAGCUUGACCGUGCUCAUACCCGUAUCAAAGAGUUGGUGCGGAAUCAGCAAACCGAGAGACACAAAAUGGAUGAAUUGAUGAAGCAGAUUACGGAAGACAAACUGGUAAGGAAAAGCAAGGAGCAAGAUUGGAUCAAUGCUGCUUUGCAGUCUGUGAGGGAUGAGCUGGAAGACGAAAGGAAGUUAAGAAAACGCUCGGAGAGCUUGCAUCGGAAGCUAGCUCGGGAGCUUUAUGAGGUGAAAACAUCUUUUUCUGGUGUCUCGAAAGAGCUAGAAAAAGAGAGGAAUUCUCGUGAGCGUUUGGAAGAGUUCUGCGACGAGUUUGCCUGGGGUAUUAGGGAUUAUGAACAGGAAUUUCAUUCUCUGAGACAGAAAUCUGACAGGAACUGGACAGGAAGAACAGACAAAGAUCGCCUAAUUCUCCAUAUUUCUGAAUCAUGGCUUGAUGAAAGGAUGCAAAUGAAGCUAAUCCCCAACAACAAUGGAGCAGAGAGAAGCUCUGCAGUGGAAAAACUAAGCUCCGAAAUCGAGACCUUUCUCCAAGCCAAAAGGACCGGUAAACCCGCCUACCGCAGAAGCUCUCUCGAGUCCAUCCCUCUAAAUAUGGCCACUAGUGCCCCUCGAGACGAGGGCGACGAAGAUGAUUCUAGUGAUAGUGAUUCACAUUGUUUCGAGUUACAAAAAGGGAGUACAAUUGACUUGAAAUCCCACGUAAUUGAAGCCGAGGAGCACGAUGUUGAAGAAACCCUAAAUCCAAACUAUUCAACAGCAAAACUUGCAUCUCGGAAUAAGAGUCGAAGUCCAUCCAAUUUGCAGGUUAAGUUUCAAGAGCACAUGACAGAUUUGAAACCGGGAAAAGAAACCGAAGAAAAUCUAGCUGAAACAAGCCCUUCUAAGAAACCUGGAACGCACGAGAUUACAGAAGAAGAGAAUAGUUCUGACAGAAAGAACAAAACCAAUGGACUAAACCCUAACCACGUUAUUGGCGAUAUGAUAAGAAGCCACUACCUUUCUUCAGGAAACGUAAAUAUGCCACCUGAAAACGAGAACAGCGUGGCUUCCUUCAACAAUCCCGUGUGGAGGGCCAGUCCAGUCCGGCAAUGGACAGAGAAGCUCCCCCCGAGCCACGAGAACGAAAUAUCUGAAUCAUCUUCAAAGCUGCCUCUGGAGUGUAAGGAGAGUACAUUGAAGGCAAAGCUACUAGAAGCAAGAGCACGAGGUCAGAGGUCACGUUCCCGCCUAAAAGGUUCGAAGGUUUCCUUAUAAUUUUCUUUGAGUCAUAGGUUGAAAGAUGGAACCUUUUCUGGCUCUAAUGGUUGCUAUGAAUCUGUUGUUACUGUCAUACUGUUGUAAUAAGUGUGUGAGUUGGUUAUGCUAUACUAUACUUUGACAUGGAGAUCAUACUAUACAGAUGUAAAUUGUGCUUAUAAACGCAUUCCCAACUUAAUUUUCAUAAUAUCAAUCUUAGAGAUCCUUUAUUUGCC